UGUGUGCUUGAUAUGUUGUUGUAAAUUCCUAAAGUUAAUUUUAUGUGAUUUUUAUGCCUUUGGCAACCGAUUUUUGUUUCGUUGCUGAGAAGGCCUUUGCAGGAUAUUUCCAUAACUCUAUGCAAUUUUCCACACUACCAUAGUUCCCAACAAACUAUCAUCGAUGGCUGGUCGCAGUCGUAGUCGUUCGCUUAGUGUCUGAUUUAAUUUGUAGUUAUUUGUGCCAAGCCUCGGCCUCUUCGGUGUAAUUUCGUUUAUGACCAUCAAAGGAUUAGGCAAACCCCUUGGACGAUAAUUAAAUUUCGCUUUCGUAAUUUCGCUGGAAUUGAAACGGAAAAUCGUUUUGCGGGCGGUUUGGUUAACAAAGUGACUGAAUAAAAAAUCUCUUCAAAAUGCCUUUGGAUAACGACCACAAUCAUCAUCUGCAUCAUCAUCAUGUGGAUAUCAGUGGAUUAUCACCGCAUCAUCAUCACCAUCAUUUGCUUGACAACAGCUGUGGAAAUGCUACGGAUCAUCAUCACAACAUUGACUUGGUUACCACACUGCGCAGUGAAAUAGCAGCCUUGUCAUACAAAAAGGAGAGACUGUCAUCAGAGCUUUCCGAGACCAAAGCUUCACUGUGCAGUCGUGAAUCGGAGGUAGAAAAUCUGCGAGCUCAGGCGGCGCGACAAACUGCCCUCAUUUCUUCACUACAAAGUCGGCUGCAUGCCGCGGAAAAUCGAGAAGAAUCUGUACAGCAACGCUGCGAUUCCACAAUACAGACCAUACAACGUGAAAAACGAUCCGCCGAUGAACGCUGCAAGGAAUUACUUUCCAAAAUUCAACAUUUGGAAACCCAUUUGGCCAAUGAGGAAGCCCAAAAGGAGCAGGCUCGCAACCAGCUAUGCGAUUUUCUGAAACGUCUCAGUAUUUGUUUGGGCAUGGAAGCAUGCGAUAGUGCCACGCUGACAACGGAUUGCGUUAUUGCCCGUGGAGAGGAGCUGAUGACUGAACUGCAAAGGACCAAAGCGAAACUGGCAUCAACUUGUGACACUUUGAGCAGCUGUGAAAAUGAGUUGUCGAAUCUAAAAUCGCUAUCGAAUAUUGAAAAACAACGUUUAACGGCUCAGCUGGAUAGUACCACCAAUCAUGAACAUGAAUUGGAGUCACGUUGUCGCCAAUACGAGAGAGACUUGCAUUUGAAUCGUGAUCGUCUAACAGAAUCGGAAAUUAAUGCUGAAAAAUUAAAGGAGGAGUUGAGAGGUUUUGAGUCGCGUUGCCAUCGCCUGCAAAGUAAUUUGGAUCGUGUUCAAAGUGAUCGUCUUUCGUUCUUGCGAUCUUUGGCAAAUACUUUGAAUAUUCCAGAGCCUUGUGAGACAUUGAUAAAGGAUAAGACGAGGGAAAUUUUGAAUGACAAUAAGGCCAUGCAUUCGCAAAUCCACUCUCUCCGCGAGCAAAUCUCCUGCGAACACAGCAAAUUGAAGGAAACCCAGGAGACAACUCAGUGCCGGUUGCGUAACGAAGAGGCUCAGAAAUGUGAACUUGAAGAGCGUUUGGAAAAAUGUCAUGCCGAGAUACAUAGCUUGCGUAAUGACCACUUGGGAUUGUCGGAAUUCUUGCAACGCUUGGCAAAAGCUUUUCAUUUUGGUGAAUGUUCCACACCACCAGCCCUGGGUACCGAUACAAAUAUUAUGGCUGAGAGUCUGUUGGAGAGGGCGGAACGUUUGGCUGCCGAUCAUCAUCAUUUGGUGGACCAUGGACACAAUCAUCACCAGCAUCAUCAUUUGCCGCACAUAAGGAGUGCUGAUAAGGGUUGCUGUGACCACCAUCACCAUGUCCAUGCCACAACCAAAUUACGCCGAGAACGUUCCUGCCACGAUAUCCCGCUGAAGGAAACAACCAGCACCCUCUAUAAUCUGCAACGUAAGGUACGUGUCCUCAAGGAACAGGUACAGAGACGCGAUUUACAUUUGGAAUUACUCAAACGUAAGCUGGCUAUUAUUGAAGAUGGGGCUCGGGGUAAAUGUGUUUUGCAGGGCGAGCGGGAUGAGGCUGUGUGUCGUGCCAAAAAGGCCAGCAAAGCUGUGGAUAAACUUACAGCCCAGCUGGCAGAUGCUCGCACCCAGAUAGCUGAAGCGAAGGCCCAGCUGGCCGAGGCGGCUGAGUACAAAAUCACUGCUCUGGAGAGGGCUCGAAAAAUCGAUGAUCUCACCAAUCAAUUGUGUGAUUUGGAGGAGGAGAAAACUCGACUCAUGGCUCAAGUGAGUUCGCUGAAGGAACGUCUGGAAUCCAUGGAGGAGUCGAAUCGAAAUAGACGCUGUCGGGAUGAGACCUUGAUAAAUUCACUCCGCGACGACUUGGAACAUGUCCAAAGCCAACUGACCGAUGCCAAUCAUCGCCUGUCGCAUUUACAAAAUUUCCGCACAUCUGUGGCCCGCACGCUGCAUUUGCGCGAUUUACCCGAAACGGAUUUGCUACAGCGCUUGCAGGCCUUGUGCUCCGCCCAUCAAGAAUUCACUAUGCUUUCGAAACGCUAUGAAACAGCCUCCCCCAUCGGGGAUCACCCCUGUCCCCGAUUCGAUGAUCCGGUGCCGCCCUCAAGUCAUUGUCGUCCACCACGUUAUGAUAGUGGAGGACUAGCACCAGCACACCCGACAACAACAUCAUUGGAACCACCCCAUCUCAGCAGCAGCCAUCACACUCACACUCAUGGACGCCUACGUUCACACAGUCACUCACGCAAACACUCCAAACAUUGUGAGGAAACCGAAAUAAGUUCCGAUGAGCAUUUCGAUCAUCAUCGUCUCAACCGUCAUCAACCGCAUCACAAUCAUCGAGUUCAUCCCCACCGUUAUCAUUAGGCAGUAGAAUUCUAAGUUUAGUUUGUAUUUUGAUAUCUCUGUUAGGUUAACAUGAUUUUGUAAGAUAAUAAAAAUAUUUCUGCUAAUUUACAGUUACU